AUGGCAGCGCCUUCACCGUAUCGUGGCCCAAGCGGCGGCGCCCCGGGCUACCCAUUCCCAGCGCAGCCGGCUCAACCUCCGCCAGCGAGUCCCGGGCAACGCAGCCAGUAUGGUUCUCAGAGUAGCCACCCUCGCGAUGGUUAUCCAAGCGGCGGCCAGUAUAGCCAUGGUCCACACCAGCAGCCACCACAGUCGCCCACGAUAGGCACCCCUGGCGUCGGAGGGCACGGCUAUCUACCACAACAACAUCAGAGAUCUGUCUCGAUCCAGUCGACACCGACACCGAGCUCAGCGCAUGGUCAACAGCCGCCAUACGGGGCUCCGUUCAAUCAGGGCAGUCCGGCCGGCUCGAAUCACCAUCCUUCUCCACAUCUUGAGCAACACCACCUACAGCACGUCCAUCAUCACCGUCAAACUUCGCAGCCCCCUACGCCGCUUGGGCCACCGCCGAGACAAUCGCCAGCAAUGACACAUCAACAACCUCCGAGUCCUUUCCAACAACGCCAACCUUCGUUCCCACCACAACCGAUCGCUCACGCCUCUCCUCAACCUCGCACAAAUUCGACGCCACGGCUUGCCAACAACGCAAUUGGGUACGACGCUGUGGCCGAGUCUCAUCGCAGAUCACAAUCCCAGCAGUCCCGGGGCGAGCGGGAACAUAGUAUGAGCGUAUCGCCGCGGACUCGCGUCUCUAGUAUCCCCAGCAGCGCUGGCGGGCGGCACCCUUCGACCGGCAACGAGGCAGCCUCACUAGCACCUCACGCGCCUGGUCACGGUGCACUGUCCACCGGGACAAACGAAAAGCAGCCUACACGAGAGUCGACCCCUGCAAAGCGCAAGCUUGACGACCGAGACUUGCAUCCAGAAGAGCUCCAAAAUAAUCGCCGGCCCCCACCGCCCGGCCAGGUGAAUGGCCAGCACCACCCUCCACCCGGCCCAAAACACGACCCGUCCCCUUCGAUACAUCAACAACAACGGCCUACCACCACCCCAAGGGCUUCGGUGUCACCAGUCAUGAGUCGACAGAAGAGGGUGCGCCACAGUACACCUCCACUGUGGGCAUUGAGCUUUAAAGGAAGACCAUUGAAUGCCAGCCGCAAUUUCUACCUCCGCAAACAUGGCAAGCAGGCUGGACCUUCGAAGGCGGUGAACGGCGAUGGGCACCAAGCUCCAAGUGCGCAACCACGGCACGCAUCACGGCAUCCUUCUCCUGAAGCAGCACGCGCUCCUGCCGUAAAGGCUGAGGACCCGGUUGCUGCAAGCGGUGGCAAGGAUGCAUCACGCAUGUUUGAGGGCCAACCUUUCCCCUGGGAAUACAGCAUCGAGGGCACGAAACCCAUCGAGACAGUUGCCAAAACCGUGGCAGACUUCAUCUUUGUGCAGGUUAUGAACAACCCCAACAUUGAAGAGAUCCGGAGUCGCGGUAUUCCCUUCGAGAUUGAGGCAAAGCUAGGCACCAUCAUCGAUCGACAGACGAAUGACCGGCUAUACUUCCCCACGCCAGUUCUGGCGGGUGAGUGCAUUCUUCAGGAAGGCUCUCGAGUCGCAUUCCGCAGCUCCAUGACAGAUCAACAACAUCAAGAGCUCAACCAAUACCUCAAUCAGCAAACGCAAGCCUCUCAAAUGCACAAAGCUGCGAAAGCCGGCGGACGACUCCCGAUCGAUUACAAACACCGGAGAGAAAAAGACCGAUUCUACGAGCUGCCCAACCAGAUGUUUGCACGCCUCCCGCUGUGUGUGUCUGGCCUGCUCAACAACCGCGGCCCGCUUAAGGCCCGCGUCACGUAUGACCAGACCACCGGCGAGGUCCUGGCCAAGAUCAUCAAGGCGCGGGUGGCGGACCUGCACAUCUACAUGCCGCACCUACCGCUCGACUGCCGCAUCAGCAUCAAUCUUGAGUGGGAAUGGGAUGGGCCGGUGGAGGAGAUCACGCAGAACCAGAUUCCCAACAAGGAACGCCUGCCGGACCGCAACAAGGACCGCCUCAGCUACACGCACGGCUUCUACCAGGUCGAUCUCACGCAGGUCACGCAGCAAGAGCUCCCCUCGUCGUCCAACUCACUGGCUGUGACCAAGCCGAUUGCACCUAGCAAGGAGCACGAGCUCGAGAUUGAGCUCGAUGCUCGUGCGGUGCUGGAGCACUGCGGCCGCGCGAGGCAAGGCCUGCCGCACAAGUACCCCGAGCUGAUUGACGGAUUACUCGACAACAUCCGGGUCCUGGCGCGGCGGUGUCCCGCAGACCCGCGGAUGUAA